AUGACGGAAGAAGUGAACGGGAAGUUGUCGAGCCGUGUGCUCAAUAUGAAGUUCAUGCGACAGGCGGAUCAGGCGGAAGAAGCGCAAAAGGAAGAAGAACAGAAGAGACAAUUAGUGGACUCUAGCGAGUGGAAGUUGGAGGGAAAUGCUGCUUUGAAAGCUCGUCUGCGGCCCCAGUGGCAAAGUGUAGGUGCUACUGCGAUUUUGGGACAUUCGCACGCUUCUGGAGCUGUCGGGAGACGCAAAAUGGGCGUACCUGAAAAGCCUUUGGCAGAAACGCAGCAGGAGGCAGAUCUAGAGACGCUUUGGAAGUCCCAGAAACGCAGCAGAGAAUCAUACGAGUCAGGAGUUGGUGCCGAAGAACAGGAAGACGAGGAAAAGAAGUCAAAAGACCUGUCCAAAGUCGAAAAGAAGGAAAGUCAUCGUAUCGAGAAGACAACAUCAGAACCACGCUCGAAGCGUGCCAAGUCUGAAACGGCAGCCAGGGGCUCCAAAAACACUGGAAAGACCAAAAAAAGAAUUUGA